CCUCAAAUCCUCGGGAGCGGGAACUCCGACCCCACGGGACACCUGCCAGUGGGGAGCCCGCCGCUGCGGCCGGAUGGUCUCUGCUCCGUUUCCCGAUCGCCCCCUUCCUGUCUAACCUCAGAACACAGUUCACAGCAGGAUAGGGGCGGCCCCCCCACCCCGACUUUGAGGGCCCCGCUGGGGCUAGAUCUGCUGAGGCAGAAGCCAGGAUGGGAACACUGUAUCUUUCAGGACAAAGUCGCCAGUGUGUACGAAAGCCCAGGCUUUUUCCUCGACUUGGAGCCCAUCCCUGGAGCCUUGGAAGCCAUGCAUGAGAUGCACGCCAUGCACGACACCGAGGUCUUCAUCUGCACCAGCCCCCUGAUCAAGUACCAGCACUGUGUGGGUGAGAAGUACUCCUGGGUGGACAAGCACCUGGGGCCCCAGUUUGUGGAGCGCAUCAUCCUGACGAGGGACAAGACGGUGGUCUUGGGGGACCUGCUCAUCGAUGACAAGGACACCAUUCUAGGCCAAGAGGAGACCCCAGCCUGGGAGCACAUCUUGUUCACCUGCUGUCACAACCAGCACCUGGUGCUGCCCCCCGAAAAGAGGCGGCUGCUUUCUUGGAGGGACGACUGGAGGGAGAUCAUAGAGAGCAAGCGGGACACCGCGGCCGUGGCCCCAGGGCGGUGGACAGUGCUUAAAGGAAGGGAAGACAGGCCGGCAGGGAAGCCCAGCAGAGCUAAGUGACAGGGCAGCCUCGUGCGGUGACCCCAGCGCUGGGGAGCAGGGGGACACAGCAACCUCUACUCUCACAGGCCAGCCACCUGGCACCUCCCGAGAUGGUGGCACGGAAACACGGUGGGAAGUCAGUCAGGAACCUGUUAAUAAAACAGUUCGGCUCA